AUGGAAGUGGUUACUGGUAGUGAUGGGAAAUUUGAUGGUUUGAGUGUUAUGUUUGGACAAAGUACGGAAACGAAAGCGUUACUUACGGUUGCUAACGCGUAUGCUCAGAAAUGGGGAUAUGGUGUAGCUAGCGAUAUUGAUAAGGGGCAUUUAGGUGUACGGCUGUUCCAGCUACUGGAACGCAGAUUUGGUGAAUUGCUUAUUUGGCGUAAGUAUGAAAUGAAGGGUCGUAUGAAGGAUAACGGUAUUAGAGCGUUGGUUAGUGAUGAUGAUGCGGUUUUUGAAGAAGAGGGAUAUUACGAUGAUUACGGAGAAGGGGAAAUGACACCAAAACAAACAGAACAAAUGAAAACGGGACUACAACAAGUCAGACAAUUGAUCGGAGUCGAUACAGGCAUUACCGAUGCCGAAAUCGAAAAUUCGUUAUGGUACUACUAUUUUGAUACGAAAGAGACUAUUAAUUGGCUUUUAGGAAAAAUUCACAAGAGUCAAGCAGAGAAAAGUAAAUCUGCCUCAUCGCUGCCUCCUACACAAGAAGAAUCGCCAUCACUACCGCCAACAUCAAAAAUUUCUCAAGCACCCGCCAAAAAAGAGUUAAUCGAGUACCACCACCUUGCAGUCUCGGAAUUUCCCCGGAUCUCAAAAAAACACAAAUCACACAUAAGAAAAAGUGAUGAUGAGACUUGCUCGAAAAGACGCGUCUAUGACAAGAACUUUGUUGCUCCUGCUGAUCUUUGGUCUUGGUAUAACGUUAAAUGGUCAUGUCAAAAAAAUGGAAAUUCGAUAAUAAUUCCUGUUAAACGCCAUAUAAUUGACUCACAAGGGAAAAUGAUAAGACAGAUUGGCUUGCUUGGUGGGGCAGAUAAUCCAGAGUCUGACGAUGGAUUGCAAAAAAAAUCUAAGUUUAAACCGGAGAUAUCAAAAAAUCGCACAGGAUUAGCUUCUUUAUAUGCCAAUGACGGAUUAAAUCCACGUAAAUUGGAAAAAUCGAAUUCUGAAAGUCUGACUAGUACUAGACUGGCAUCUUUAUCCCGCUCCAAUACCGAAACGUCUACAAGUCGGCCAUCUUUAUCUGCCUUAGCACAAUCGAGCGCUAGACAAUCGAAUAGACCUUCAUUAGCCGAUUUGGCAAAGACUGCCUCCUCCUCGAAGGAAAAAUCCUCUUUGUCCUCCAUUCUAUCAUCGAAAAAUAAAAGUAACGAACGUCCGUCUUUAUCAUCAUUGGCCCAAAAGUCUCUAUCUCAGUCUAGCAACCGUGUGUCAUUAACAAAUAUAGUUCAGAAACGUGAUGAUUUGCCAAUUAGCCAAUCUACUGUUCAACGUUCUGCUGAAGGCAUUAAAUCAUUGCUGUCCUCUCAGACAUCUAUUGUACAACCUCCAUCGAAAAAUCAAAGUCUCCUUGAGAAUAAAGCCCAAAUUUUAAGUAACAAGAACAUUUCAACGAUACCAAGUUUAUCGAGUUCUGCACAGAUAAAAGUAUCGAUGACAAAUCAAAUUGUAUUAGAUACUAAUUCCCCUGUGAUUGUCUCCGAAAAUAAAGAAAAUGAAAACAUGUUAUUAUUAUCUUCGAAUGCUUCUUCUAAUUCUUUAAUCGCGCCGCCAUCCAUUUUUGCAAAAACAAUAUUUGCAAAAUAUGAAGACGCCAAUCCACCACCUAUUAUUAUUGACCAUUUUACGUUUGAUAUCUUCUCGUCAGGUGGAAAUAGGAAAAUCUUUGCUUUUAAUCAACCAAGCCCCGAUGAUAUUGUGAUGAAGGCUCAAAGCCUAAAAGGAGGUGUACGAAACAUAAUGAAAUCAUCGCAGCAAACGUCAAAAUCAACAGAAGUUGAAGCAGAAUUUAUUGAUGAUGAGGAUUCUAUCAUUGAAAUUAUUGAGAACGAAGAUGAUGAGCAAUUAAGAUUUGAUUUGUCUGCUUUAAAUCUUGCUCUAAAUGUACCUGCCAAACCUUCUACUAGCAAAUCUGUAUCUUCUAUACAAACAAAAAAUUCGCAAUCAAUUAACGCAAAUCAACCGAAAAUACAACAAGUUAAACCUCCUCAUAAGUUAGCUAAUCGUAUUGAUGUUAUGUCUGAAUAUAAAAAACGCACUUCAAAUAAAGAAUCUUUGAAUUUGGUAGUAAUUGGACAUGUAGAUGCAGGAAAAAGCACAUUAAUGGGACAUUUACUUUAUUUAUUGGGUGAAGUGAACGAGAAAACAAUAAAGAAAUAUGAAAGAGAUUCUCAAAAAAUCGGAAAAUCAUCAUUUGCAUACGCAUGGGUUCUGGAUGAAACUGGCGAAGAAAGAAGCCGAGGAAUUACAAUGGAUAUUGCAAUCACUAAAUUUGAAACAGAACAUCGACGGUUCACUUUAUUAGAUGCACCUGGUCAUCGAGAUUUCAUCCCUAAUAUGAUAUCAGGGGCAGCACAAGCCGAUGUUGCAAUUUUGGUAGUUGACGCGACUACCGGAGAAUUUGAGGCCGGAUUUGAGGCUAAUGGUCAAACAAAAGAACACGCGUUACUAGUAAGAAGUUUAGGCGUGCAACAAUUAGUAGUCGCAAUAAAUAAACUUGACGCUGUUGGAUGGUCGAAAGGACGAUUUCAUGAGAUUGAAGGAAAACUUGAUACUUUUCUAAUGCAAGCUGGCUUUAAACGUGAUAAAGUGCGCUAUAUACCUUGCAGUGGACUAACAGGCGAAAAUUUAUUGACAAAAUCUGAAGAGAAACUCGAUUGGUAUCCGGGGCCAACAUUAGUUAAACAAAUAGAUUCUUUUGAACCACCUACACGACUUCUAGACAAACCAUUUCGUCUCUCUGUAACAGAUUUCUUUAAGGGUGGAUUGGGCGGUGGUGGUGGCGGCGGAGUAUCUGUGGCAGGUCGAAUAGAGGCGGGUACAAUACAAAUUGGCGAGCAAGUUUUAGUAGUCCCAGGAGGAGAGUAUGGGACAGUAAAAGAUUUAAAUGAUGAAUCCUCUAAAUGGGCUGCGGCUGGUGAUUAUAUCUUAAUGACAUUGUCCGGUUUAGAUAUCAUGCAAUUAAGUAUUGGCGCUAUUUUAUGCUCCCCUUCGCAUCCGGUUCAAGUGACCUCGCAUUUCCUUGCUCAAAUUGUUGUCUUUGAUGUCAAAGUACCUAUUACAAAGGGAUUCCCAGUUAUUCUUCAUCAUCAUAGCCUUGAUGAACCCGCUUCAAUAGUCAAUCUAAUAGCUGUUAUUGAUAAAAGCAGCGGUGAAGUCACAAAGAAGAAUCCAAGGCAUCUACCCAAAUCAACAACAGCCACUGUCGAAAUCAAAUUGACAAAUCGACCCAUCCCUCUCGAGACUUUUCGAGAAAAUAAAGACCUCGGAAGAAUAACAUUGAGAAAGGGAGGUGAUACUGUCGCUGCUGGUGUAGUAAUUGAAAUAUUCGAUAUGCCCGGUGCAGACGUUUUAUUUGCACCCGACUAUACAUCGGUUUCAUUUGACUUCGAAGACUUUGUAAGAGAAGAACUAGGUCUUGGUCUUCACGGGCCAGAUCAAAUAUGUCAAGCAUACCUUCGAGGAAACUGUCACAAAGGCUCCAAAUGCGAGUUCAAACACACAAACAGUGCGCGAGAGAAAGCUGUCGUAUGCAAACAUUGGUUACGCGGUCUAUGUAAAAAAGGAGACCAAUGCGAAUUCCUUCACGAGUUUAAUAUGCGAAAAAUGCCAGAGUGCUGGUUCUAUUCGCGAUAUGGCGAGUGUAGUAACGAGGACUGCAUGUAUUUGCAUAUAGAUCCCGAAAGUAAAAUAAAAGAGUGUGCUUGGUAUGCAAGAGGAUUUUGUAAACAUGGGCCAAAUUGUCGUCAUAAGCAUGUACGCAAGGUUGUGUGUCAAUUGUAUCUGACUGGGUUCUGCCCAAAAGGACUGAAUUGUCCUAAUGGACAUCCAAAAUAUGAAUUACCGAGUGUUCAACGUGCAGAAUCAACGACCUCAAAAUCAUCAUAUUGGUUAUCGACCGCUGUCAGAGUGCGGACAAAAAGGUCAUUUCGCAAACCGAUGUCCGAAUGGAGGUGGAGGUGGCAAUAG